GUAAUGGCGGCCAGUUAGUGUGUGACUGAGCCGAGAAGACGGCGGCGAACUCGGCGCGCUCGGCGUGUCUCUCUGCCCGGCCGCCCCGCUCCCCGGGAGGAGGCGCCCCGCAGCCCUCCCUCCGCGGCGGCGGCUCCGCGUGUCCGCCUUCGCCGGGGCCAUGGUGAACACCAGGAAGAGCUCCCUGCGCCCCCUGGGCAAAGCGGCGGCCGCGGCGGCCGGAGCCGGCAGCCAUUUCAUCUCGUCCCGGACCCGCUCCUCCAAGAGAGGCACCAAGGCCGGGCUAGAGGAGGCGGCGGCGGCCCGGAAAGAUGAAGGUAGUGAUGGUAGUUUGAGUGAUAGCCACAUAUCCCCUCCAGCCAAACGUACCUUGAAACAUGCUGAUCCUGUGUGCAAAGACAAAUCAAAAUCACGCAAUACUGGGCAGCGAGAGGAAUGGAGCAUUUCAGCUGGACAGUCCAGGUUAACGUCUCAGGCUGGUGCUACAUUACCAACUGGACGUAGCUUAUCUCUCAAAAGCCAUCCCCUUCGAGGGGAAAAAAAGGGAGAUGGGGACCAUGGUUGCAUAAACGGAGAUAUAGAAGUGAGAAAAAGUUGUCGGUCCAGGAAAAACAGAUUUGAAACUUUGAAUCAGAGUUUAUUGUUUGAUCAGCUAGUGAACAGUACUGCUGAAGCUGUACUACAAGAAAUGGACAAUAUUAACAUCAGGCGGAAUAGGAGGUCUGGAGAAGUAGAACGGCUGCGAAUGUGGACAGACACAGAAUUUGAAAACAUGGACAUGUAUUCUCGAGUGAAGAGAAGGCGGAAAUCACUGAGAAGAAAUAGCUAUGGAAUUCAGAACCAUCACGAAGUGUCCACUGAAGGGGAAGAAGAAGAAUCUCAAGAGGAAGAUGGAGAUAUAGAAGUAGAAGAGGCAGAAGGAGAAGAAAAUGAUCGACCUUAUAAUCUAAGGCAAAGAAAAACUGUGGAAAGGUACCAGGCACCUCCAAUAGUGCCGGCUCAUCAAAAAAAGAGGGAAAAUGCACUGUUUGAUAUUCACAGAUCUCCUGCAAGAAGAAGCCAUAUCAGGAGAAAGAAACAUGCCAUUCAUAGCAGUGAUACAACCUCUUCAGACGAAGAACGCUUUGAAAGGAGAAAGUCUAAGAGCAUGGCCAGAGCAAGGAACAGAUGUCUGCCUAUGAAUUUCAGAGCAGAAGACUUAGCCAGUGGAAUCCUGCGAGAACGAGUAAAAGUUGGUGCAAGUUUGGCAGAUGUUGAUCCAAUGAUUCUUGACAAAUCGGUUCGUUUUGAUAGCAUAGGUGGAUUGAGCCAUCAUAUCCAUGCAUUAAAGGAAAUGGUAGUGUUUCCUCUUCUCUAUCCAGAAAUCUUUGAAAAAUUCAAAAUACAGCCACCAAGGGGCUGUUUGUUCUAUGGUCCUCCUGGAACAGGUAAAACCUUGGUAGCUAGAGCUCUAGCUAAUGAAUGCAGUCAAGGAGACAAAAAGGUGGCUUUCUUUAUGAGAAAAGGAGCAGACUGUCUCAGCAAGUGGGUUGGUGAAUCUGAACGGCAACUUCGUCUCCUCUUCGAUCAGGCAUACUUGAUGAGACCUGCUAUAAUCUUCUUUGAUGAAAUAGAUGGUUUGGCCCCAGUUCGUUCUAGUAGACAAGACCAGAUUCACAGCUCUAUAGUGUCUACCCUACUUGCCCUCAUGGAUGGACUGGAUAAUAGAGGAGAAAUUGUCGUAAUUGGUGCUACAAACAGACUUGAAUCUAUAGACCCUGCACUCAGGAGACCUGGUCGUUUUGACAGGGAAUUUCUUUUCAACUUGCCUGAUCAAAAGGCAAGAAAGCACAUUUUACAAAUUCAUACCAGGGACUGGAACCCCAAACUGUCAGAUCCUUUCUUGGGGGAGCUAGCUGAAAAAUGUGUUGGGUACUGUGGAGCUGACAUAAAAGCACUUUGCACUGAGGCUGCCUUGAUUGCCUUGCGACGGCGCUAUCCUCAGAUUUACGCGAGCAGUCAGAAACUGCAGCUUGAUGUUUCUUCAAUAGUUCUCAGCGCACAAGAUUUUUACCAUGCAAUGCAGAAUAUUGUGCCUGCUUCCCAACGUGCCGUGAUGUCUUCAGGACAUGCACUAUCCCUUGUCAUAAGGCCGCUGCUGGAAAGAACCUUCAGUAACCUCCUGGUGGUUUUACACAAAGUAUUUCCCCAUGCUGAAUUUAGUCAAGGUGACAAAAGAGAAGAUGCACCAAGUCUAAUAUUAGAUGAUAGUGAAGAUGAAAAUGCUUCAAUUUUUGAGACAGGCUGUCACUCAGGAUCACCAAAGAAACAGUCGUCAGCUGCUAUACAUAAACCCUACCUUCAUUUUACAAUGUCAGCUUACCACCAGCCAACCUCUUAUAGGCCAAGAUUACUGCUAUCAGGAGAGAGAGGUUCUGGUCAAACUUCUCACCUCGCUCCAGCACUAUUGCACUCUCUUGAAAAAUUCUCUGUACACAGGCUAGAUCUGCCAGCACUUUAUUCAGUUAGUGCCAAAACACCUGAAGAAUCAUGUGCACAGAUCUUUCGUGAAGCUCGAAGAACUGUACCAAGUAUUGUUUACAUGCCUCAUAUUGGUGACUGGUGGGAAGCUGUCAGUGAAACUGUGAGAGCUACUUUUCUAACUUUGCUGCAAGACAUACCGUCAUUUUCUCCUAUAUUUCUGCUGUCUACCUCUGAAACCAUGUAUAGUGAAUUACCUGAAGAGGUGAAGUGUAUCUUUAGAAUCCAGUAUGAAGAGGUUUUUUAUAUUCAAAGACCAAGUGAAGAAGACAGACUGAGAUUUUUCCAGGAGUUAAUUCUUAAUCAGGCAUCAAUGCCCCCUCCCAAAAGGAAACAGGCUGCUCUUUGUGCUCUGGAAGUUCUUCCUCUUGCAGUACCGUCUCCUCCCCGCCAGCUCUCAGAAACAGAAAAGCAACGAAUGGAGGACCAGGAGGAGAACACAUUGAGAGAACUGCGGUUGUUUCUCAGGGAUGUUACCAAGAGGCUGGCCACAGACAAACGCUUUAACAUCUUCAGCAAACCGGUGGAUAUUGAAGAGGUUUCAGAUUAUCUUGAAGUUAUCAAAGAACCAAUGGACCUGUCAACAGUAAUAACCAAAAUUGAUAAACACAACUAUUUGACUGCCAAGGAUUUCCUAACAGAUAUUGAUCUCAUCUGUAGCAAUGCAUUGGAAUAUAAUCCAGACAAAGACCCUGGAGAUAAAAUAAUUAGACACAGAGCUUGUACCUUGAAGGACACGGCACAUGCCAUAAUUGCUGCUGAGCUGGAUCCCGAAUUUAAUAAAAUGUGUGAAGAAAUCAAGGAAGCGAGAAGAAAAAGAGGCUUAUCAGUAACAGCAGAGCAAAUAAAUCCUCAUGGUUCCACUGUACGGAAAACAGAAACUAGAGUUGAAGAGGCAUUUCGGAACAAACAAAAAAAUGCAAUAGCAGUUUGGCACAACUCUGCAAAUAAAUGUGCAUUUCGAAUAAGGAGGAAAUCAAGACGACGUUCGCAGUGGGGUAAAGGCAUUAUUAAAAAGAGAAAAGUCAAUUUGAAGAAAGAUGAAGAUGAUGCAAAAUUUGCCUAUGAUGAAAAUCAUGGGGAGGGCAGGAAGCUGCUGGAGAAUGGGGAACUGGAAAUCAGCACAGACUGCAUUGAGGAGAAUGGAGAGGAAAUGGGAGAUCUGUCUAUGACAAAUGAUGAGUCCUCUUGUGAUAUCAUGGAUAUAGAUGCAGAACAGAGACUUAACAAUGGGACAAUAGGAAAAGAAAACAGUUUCGCAUCAACAGAAGAAGAGAGUUCAAAUGAAUCCCUGUUAGUAAAUGACAGUCUUACUGUGAAUGCUGAAAAGGAAUCAAGGAAGGAGUCUCCAUCUAAGUGGGACUGCGUGAAUGGUGAGGCAUCUGCACACAGCUUAGAGGGGAUACCUGUUCCAGAAUGUCAGAAUGGUAAAGCAGAACCAGUUGAUGUUUCAGCAUGUGACAAUGAUGAUGUGCCUCGUAAUGAGCAAAAAGCUGUGUCUGAAGAUCAGCCAAAGGAAAAAACAGAAGCUUCUGGUGAAAAUCAGGGAGCUGAUUUGGUGAAACAGUCUAAUACUGAAGUACCACAAUACAGCAAUAAUGAAAAGACACCAGUGAGCAGCACAGACAUUGAGACUAAAGAUAUUGAACCUGAUAAAGAAGGUGUAUCGAAAUUUAAGAAAUCUCGAAAAGUCACUUUGGAGCCCCCAAAACCUGCAAGUCUGGAGCAGGUUCCGGAGGAGCCACUGGAUCUCAUGCCCCCUCUAAUUGUUGACCAUGACAGAUUAAAGAAACUACUGGAUUUGUUGGUUAAGAGAAGUAACAACCUGACUGUUGACCAACUUGAGAGGCUGUACUCACUCCUUAGUCAGUGCAUCUAUCGGCAUCGUAAAGAUUAUGACAAAUCACAACUUGUAGAGGAAAUGGAAAGAACAGUUCAUAUGUUUGAAACAUUCCUGUGAUGUCUUUGAGAUGGAUGGGUUUAUCCUCUUAAACUGCUCAUGGGAGAGCAGUCUUCUGAGCCAUUCGAUUUCCAAUUGCACCAAGUAUGUGCAGAGCCUUGGUCUUAAGUGCUCGCUCUCUUUCUUUCUGUUAAAUUUGGUGCUAUUGUCUCAGGUACCUGAAACCAACCAGCCUACAAGAACCAAACAGAACUUCAGACAGUUGUAUCUGAUAUAAAUAAAGAAUACAACACCACAACUUGGAGAUUUUUGGUGCUACAGAAACUGCUCUCAUUUCUGCUCCUGUUCUCUCUACAUGCAUUAUCUUUUGGGAAACUUCAGACACAGUGGAGCAGACCAACAAACACAGAACCUGGAUAGAGCAGAUCUAACUAGGUUGAAUUUUUUUAAAUGGACAACUUUUUAAAUUUUCCUUUUCAGUUUUUUUUUUUUUUCUUGUUCUCUGGGGUAAUGGACAGAAACCUGUUUCAAAGAUGGCAGUGAUGCAUUGUGGUAGGAAACUUUAGUAACUGGAUGUACAGUAAUUUGAAAAUGAGGCUCUCUAGAACUGCCUUUAAUGUGCCUUUUUAGUCAAUUGAGAA